UCUGACGGGUUCCGCUUUCUUUCCCCACACUUCCGGUCUCCUUGGUUUUUGGUUGUUUAGGCGCGAAUUCCUCUGAGUUCGGAUCUCAGACACAUUUAAGAAUUCAAUCGCUGAGUUUUGAAAGCGCUUAACCUGCUGGGUGGUUAGAUGUGAUCCGGAUCUCUUGUGCUCACUUGGGAGAGUAGAUUGAGACUCUUGAUCUUGCGAGUUCCCGCAAGCUGAGUCUUGCUGUGUGGUUCAGGCUGGACACUUGAACUCACUAUGUAGCCAUGCUGGACUUGAAGUUGCAGUGAUCCUCCUGCCUCAGCUUCCUGAAUGCUGGAGAUUAUAGUUUCUUUAAAAGCGUCACAGUUGUACUGUUUAGAUCAAGAUGCGUGAUAAAGCAAAUAAUUCCAGGAAAAAGCCUCAACAAGUAAAAAAAAAUUCAAAAAGAAAAGUUGAUGAAGUGGAGUUCUCAGAGGAAGUGGUUAGAAGCACAAAAAGAAUUAAAAAUCAUCCAAAGCAUACAUCUUCUGAAGGACAAACAAAUCAUAUUAAUCUAAAACAGAUAAAGAUAGCAUCCAACAAGAGAAAAACCUGGCAACCUCUUUCAAAGAGUAUGAGGGAGCAUUUGGAAACUGUGAUAGAAGCAGUGAUUAUAGCAAUUUUGAGUAAUACUAAAGAAAAAGAACCAAUUCAGUGUCAUCUCAACUGCCUGAAGAGAAGGUUGCUACAACUGUGUGAAACCCUGAAAGCCCCUCGCCAAAAGCUAACAUAUUUAACUAAUAUGUCAAGUCUACUGAAGAUAGAAAGAGCACAGGACAGAGCUAAUGAAGAAGGAAUGGCGUUAUUGCAGGAAGAAAUAGAUAAAAUAGUACAGACUACAGAGUCAGUGACUGGGAAUAUUAAGAGUCUAAAAAACAAAAUUGAAAUUUUGACACAUGAAAUAGAAGAGGAGGAGGAAAAGGCAAAAGAGGUGCUUCAACUGGAUAGACAUAACGUACUUUCUCUCCCAGAGCUGUCUCAGAACAGUCUAAAAACACCCACGCCACAGAAAGAAAUGUUGAUGCUAAUUCCAAACCAGAAGGUUCUUCUGAAAGACUUGGAUAUUCUUCAUAAUUCAUCCCAGAUGAAGAACAUGGCAAUGUUCAUUGAAGAAGCCUAUAAGAAACUAAAUGCCUCUUAGAGAAUUUUUUAAAUACUGUUUUCCUAUUAAUUUAAUGUUUCUGAAUUUGUAAAACUGGUAACCUAUAUUAUUAGAGGCUGAAGCUUCUGCAGGACUUACUAUCUUCUAAUAUGCACUUUAAAAUUGGCCUGCAUAGGCCUACCAUUAGCAUCUAGUGUAGUCUUGAAAACUGUUUUUAGCAAUUAUGAAACCUGAAAAAUCAGUAUUUAUAUUGUUGUACUGCAGUUAUUUGCCUAAACCAUAAAACAGGAGUAGGUGUGAACAGAUAGUUUAUGGUGGCUAAAUGGGGCUCAUCUGUUAGCUGGCACAGAGGAACUGAUAUUGUGUAUGUGAAGUGCUUAUGUUUAGUGCUUAAAGAAGAAAAACGUGUUUACCAUCACUUUUCUUUAGCUAAGAACUUACAUGUUCUGUCUGGCUACAGGAAACCUGAGAAAUCCCCAAGUGCCUCUACCCUUUCCUGACUCCCUAAUCUUGGUCAGUAGUUAAGAUUCUCUAAAUACCUUCAAUUUUGAAGGUGGCAUUAAGUUUUUGUUUUAAAUAUUUGUUUUCUGUUGUCAUCAAAGCAUACUCUUAAGAAAAUUCUAAAAAAGAGCAUAAGCACAUUUAUUCCCUUAAAACAAAACCAACCAAAAAACUUUUUUGAAAAAACCCAGUGCAUGAGAAUCAGCCACCAAAGGUAUAAGGUCCUGAGAGACCAAAGAAAAUGGUAGAUAUUUAGGAUUACCAAAAUGCAAUUUACUAGAUACAGCAACAAAACAGGCAGAUUCUUGCACCCCAGAUUUCACAGCAGAAGGGGAUUAUGUGCUAAACCAGACAAAGAUGGCCCAUGGACAGAAUGUCUGAUAAUAUGUUUUUAUAUAUAAGUUGUUAAAAUAUAUCAAAGAUCAUUUCUAAGCAACUGUUGGUAAAAUAAAAUAAUUGCAGUUUA